GAUACCGGCAUGAUAUUUAUUCGUUCUACAACCUUAAUUACGUUGAUGUACCUGCAUACUUUCUUAUAUGCAGUCUACGUCUUCGAAACUGCAUGAUAAAUCAACUGUGUUUUACUUGCUCAGAUUAAGUAAAGUCGCAGAUCUCUACUGUGAGUAAGAAUUAUCCCAGGGGUUCCGAAGCAUCCGGAAGAUUCUUUCAAAACAGUAACAGUGUAGCUGGCAUUAACAGCUACUGGUAUGUCCGGACGGGGAAUAUGGAAACUCUUGGCGAUUUUUGUAGUCGUCUUGCUGGUGGGGUUUUCCGUCCUGUGGAUGCGUGAAGCGAAAGAUAUGGGCACCCUUAGAUCUCUAUUGAGAAAUGGCGCAGUCAAUAACAAUUGGCUAAAUGUGAAAUUGGCGAGAGAGAAACACCAACUUAGAAAAGCAUCAACCAUAAAACCUACUCCGCGGAAAACGUUCUACAAUCUAGCAGACGACAUUGACUAUUCAAGAGAAGCCGUUCCGAGACUGUCGAAGCCUGGUGCAAUAUCAGAUAAGAUUGAACUAGACUAUUUCAGAUAUCUUCAAAACUUACAGUUCGACUGCCGACACCGGAUAAGAGCAGGAACCGGGGAAACGGGAGACGGCGGCUGGGAGGUGUGCCUGGACCCGCCAUACAAUAUGAAACCAGGGAAAUGUUUAGUCUACUCCUUUGGCAUCAGUACCAACUGGUCCUUUGACGACUACAUGGACAAGACCAGAAAUUGUACAGUGCACUGUUUUGAUCCAAGUAUAGGAAAAAAAGACUUCAAGCGUUCCCCAAACAUAUAUUUCCACAAUCUGGGUAUAUCUGGAAGCAACGAAACCAAUGAUAAAAAGUGGCAACUUUACACGCUUGGAUCCAUAAAGCGACUUCUUGGACAUGAGAACGUGACACUGGACUACCUGAAAAUGGACGUUGAAUGGAGCGAAUGGCCAAGUUUACAGGCAAUGUAUCGCGAGGGUGUGUUAUCCCAAGUCAAACAAUUUGCUUUAGAGUUUCAUGGUAUCCCUAAAAAGCAGGCAGAUGUCGAUAUCAUCAACAAACUGUACGAGCUCGGGUUCAGGAUAUUCUACACCAAAAGGAACUUCUAUAAUCGAGCAAACUCGGGGCUAACACAGCGCACUGUUUAUAUGUGCAUGGAGGUGCAUCUUGUUAACAUCAACUUUCUGAAGCAGGACGUAAAAAGCGGACACCGCCAGUGA